CCUCCUCUUGCCACAUACGCGCUUUGGACAACUUUGAAAGCGAUCGGGAUCCAUCCAAUCGAAAGAAACAUAAAAUGUCUGCCCAUCCAUUAUUGCACGAUUCCGUCUGGCUACAUCAGAGAAAAUAUGAAGAUGCUGAAGCGUUUUAUCAGUGUGUAGUCGCAGGUACAUCCGCAAAUGUCUCUUCACAGGCCUCGACGGGCGGAAAAAGUUCCCUAAUCAAUGAAAUUACUCAAGCCAGGCAACAAAUUCAAUUAGCAUUGAACAAUCCAGGAUCAGUCACCAUGGAUACCACCAGAAUUGAUGCUUUAGAACGUGAUAACAAAGAACUCAGAAAAGUAACAAACGAUUUAAGGAACUUGGUGAUCAAGUUAGAAAAUAGAAUAGUAGCUUUAGAGGGAGGUAAACCUACCAGCCAGUCUAAACCUGCCCCAGCAGAUGAUGAUGAUGAUGAUUUUGAUUUAUUUGGUGGUGAUGAUGAAGAUGCAGAGGCGGAAUUAGAAGCAUUAAAACAGAAGAGAGUAGCUGAUUACAAAGAAAAAAAAGCUGCCAAACCCAAAGUGAUCGCCAAAUCCAAUGUAGUCCUGGACGUCAAGCCGUGGGAUGAUGAAACAGACAUGAAGGAAGUAGAAAAACAAGUACGAACUAUUGAAAUAGAUGGCCUAAAAUGGGGAGCAAGUAAAUUAGCACCAGUAGGUUAUGGUAUAAUGAAACUACAGAUCUGUUGUAUAGUAGAAGAUGACAAAGUCAGCAUAGACGAUUUGGUAGAAAAAAUCACAGACUUUGAAGAUUUGGUACAAAGUGUUGAUAUAGCAGCCUUCAAUAAAGUCUAACUUUCACAAUUAAAUAAAAUAUUUAAAUUUUA